ACUAUACACCUCUCUCUCUCAUCCCUCUUUCUCUCUCUAGCCACUCUCCAUCUUCCUCCUCACAUAGACACCAAUUUUGAUUGGUUUUUUUUGGUGAUCUAGGGUUCAAUUUGAUGACAUGGAUGGGAAAUGGAGAAAAAAAGAAAGUUCAUCAUCAUCAUCAUCAUUUGUUAGAAGUUUUUCAACAAAGAGUACAUCUUCAAAAUCACCAUUAUUAAGAAGCUCUUCAGUCAAAGUAUCUUCUUCUCCAAGUAAUAGUAAUCUUUCAAGAAGUUGCUCUCAAAAAAACCCUUCUAUUUCAAGAAAAUGUAGUAGCUUAGCCAAGGAGCAAAAGGCAAGAUUUUAUAUCAUGAGAAGAUGUGUUGCUAUGCUUGUUUGUUGGCAUAAACAUGGCGAUUCUUGAUAAUAAAUUUUGCGUUUUUGUUUUUUUAGAGAUCGAUGGAUGAAAUUUUAGAUAUUUUUUUACAUUUUUUACAAUUUUUUUUCUUGUUUUCUUUGUUAGCUUCAGUUUGUAAUUACAUUUUGUAGAGGGCUACAAUUGUAAGAAAGUGAUCAUUAAUUUUUGAAGAUAGAAAUCCAAUAUCAUAGCUUAAAAAAAUAGCUACAUUAUUCUUUA